AUGUAUGCUUUUGUUAGAUUUUUUGAAGACGAUAUGUGCGACGUGCUGCCCUCGUCUGAUGUGGAAAAUUUCAGACCACUGCACAAAACAGAUUUUGAUAAUCAGAAGGUGUAUCUGGUUCACAGAAGUGAGGAGAAUGGCAGCGCAGGCCAGCCGUGCGAAGCACACAUCCUUGCCCUUGCAGAUACAGUAGAGGGAUUCGACCGUAGUAUAAUGCAAAAGAAGAUGAAAAUUCCCAAGAUGUCCAUUGAAAAUUCAGGAAACUCCAUUGAGAACAGUUUUGGAGAAGAGAGAAUCCCGUUGAGACAUAAAAAGGCACUGUCACAGGACCAUGGACGCCCUCUAUCCAACUCCUCAAAAAGCCUUGCUGCAGUUGUGGCUCGCCUGGAAAGAAACGCUGCCAAUGCCAACUCCUACAUGGAGAGUGAAGAAGACUUUGAUGAGGACCGGCUAGCUGAGGAGGGCGAGGAUGCCGAAGAUGAAGACGAAGAUAUGGAGGCAGAACAUCAGCAACAUCAUCACCAGCAGCAACAACAACAACAGCAUUUAGAGGUGGAUACAGAUUGUGUUUCACAGGUAGCCGCAGCCAUGGUCCCUAGAGUUUUGUACGAGGAGCUAGUUCACAGCUACAGGCAACAGGAGGAGGAGAUGAGGAGGCUUCAGCCGGAGCUGGAGAGAACCCGCAGACAGCUGGUACAGCAGGCCAAGAAGCUAAAGGAAUAUGGGAGCCUGCUGACAGAAGUUAAAGAACUGAGGGACUUUAACAGGAGGCUGCAAGAUGUCCUCCUAAUGAGAUUGGGCAGCGAGCCCAUGCAUGACAACGGCACUCAGACAAUCAAAGCUGAAGUUGUUGAACCCAUUGUUGAAGCCCAGGAAGCAUGUAAAGAAGAAGCUAACACCAGUUCCAGCUACUCACCUUCACCUAGAACAGUAUACACCUGCAACGACGGAAAGGUACACUUGGGUGGUGGGAUUUGGGUGGAGGAGGAGAAGUGGCACCAGCUGCAGCGCACACAGGGAGACUCCAAGUUCACCAAGAACUUGGCAGUGAUGAUCUGGGGAACGGAAACCUUGAAAAAUCGCAGUGUCACAGGAGUGGCCACCAAAAAAAAGAAGGAUGCACUGCCCAAACCUCCACUGUCACCCAGCAAGCUCAAAAUAGUCAGAGAAUGUCUGUACGACAGAGUGUCGCAAGAGACAGCUGACAGUGCAGAGAUCACACAGAGAUUGUCCAAAGUGAACAAAUACAUUUGUGAAAAGAUAAUGGACAUCAACAAGUCCAUCAAGAACGAGGAGCGGCGAGAAUCCAAGCUGCUCAUCAGACAGACAGUCAAGAUGGAGAACUUCACCUACGAUGGCAUGUAGUGAUCAACUGUUGUCACACCAGCGCCUUCAAUCCUCCCAGCCGUGGUUCAUAGAUUACAAAGGAGACUUGAUAUGAGUUGUGGAGAGCGUGGGGUGUUUGUUACAAAUCAGGAGCAGGUAUGUUUGGAUUGGUUUUAACGAGAAUGAAUUAUGAGCCUUCCCAGCUCCUUGUAAAACAACCAAAACCUUCAUCAGUGCCCAGUUUUUCUUAUUUUGCUGACAGACAGCUUUACCUACAGCCAGUAGAACACAGGUGAGUUAGUCUGAGAUGAGCAGGUGUGUGUGUGUGUUUUUAUUUUAGGAUUGAAUACGGAAUUGGUACAAAGGCACGAUUUAUUGUGCUAUAUGCGUUAGAGUCGCAAUAGAUUUAAUGUGAUUGUUAAAUUAUUGUUCUGUGUCAGAACACAAUUUUGCAUCGGAAACUUUUAAAAAGUAAGCGCUGCUUCCCCCCAAAAAGUCUUAAAAAGCUACAAAAUGGUGAUGAUGGUGAUUGAGAUGAUCAACAACAUCGGAUUGAAUACUAGGUUGGAUUAUUGGUGACGUAUUCACUGUUAGAGACUCUGUUGUCUCACAUGCACAGGUCUUGAUUACUAACAGCCAUAAGACUCUUUUUCAGCAGAUUCUGUUGUCAACUGUGUGUUUGUGUGUGUGUGUGUGUGUGUGCGUGCGUGCGUGCCUCCCCCUGACCUGGAUAUACAGUAUGAGGCAAUCAAAAGCUGUAUAUACCAACCCUUUACUGAAAGUUCAGUACCGUCAACUAAAUGAACUAAAAUCGUGAAUCUGGAAUUGUAAAAAAAUGACCUUAAAGGCCAGAGGACAAAGAAAACACUUGAACUGUUUCCAUGUUGAAACUUGAUUAUAUUUCCAAAAUAUAAACUACAGCAUUUCAUGGAAAUAAGGCCUCAUCCCAUUGUUUAUUUCAAUGGAAAAUUUAAAAAAUUUUAGCCACCUAAUACAAGCUGUAUCCUCCAAAAACAUGCAAAUUGCUGUAACAGAAAGACAAAUCACAGCAGGUGAAUUUAUGCGUUUCAACUUUUGUUUUUUUAUCCAUCUGAAUCAUUCAUUUGGAAAAAUUGUCAAGAAAAAUAUUCAAAUGUUUAACUCAAAAUUUGCCACACUGAGUUGGUUAAUUUUAGUUACUACUGUGAACCUUGAUUGUGACUAACUUACUGUCCCUCGCUCAGUGAGGCUGGUCUGACAUAAGCUGGGCGUCUAACUUGAAUUUAAAGCCCCCACAGACACCUGCUUGAGGUUGAGAUGGUAUUUUAAGCUCUAGGUUCUUCAGUGAAACAAAAACUCCUUCCCUUUUAAAAUGGGAAUACAGGCCACCCCUCCAUUUCUGUGAAAUACAGUACUUCAAAGUGGUACCUGUGAUUUAUUACCAACAAAGGUUCUCAAAAAAUGAACAAGAUAAUUUGUCAAAGAACAUUUGUCUGUGGUUCUGUUGGCUCAGAAAUCGUAUCCGCCUUCAGGCACAGUUUUUGGUUGACUUCCUCUCUUCAUAUACAGUUUCAUGGAGACUUGUUUCCUGAAACUAUAUUGAGCCUGUGUUUUAGGUGAAACCCAACUCAUGCAGCUGCGGUCAUGUACGUUCAGCUGUGAUUGUCGAUUUUACACACGCACAGAAUUCUCCUCCGGAAUUCAUGGGAACUUUAAACUAUUAACGCUACUUAAUGACAGGCUUUAAAUGUUUUCCUGCAUCGUGCCGAGAAGUUCACUGACAUCGAUGCAGAGUGUUGAGCUACAGCUCAGUCUAACUGGGAAGUAGCAUUUAUUUUGUAAACAGUGAACACAGUAUUUUUUUCCUUUGUCCUUUUGCCCUAAAAUAAAGAUUCAAAUGAAUAACCAAA